CAACAUCCUAUCCUGUGCCUCACAUCCUUUCCAGGCUUAUUUCCGUUGCUCAUGAGAGCACCUGAAGUAGACGUACAGUACCCCUAGUUUCAUUUUCAUUCUCGCCUUUAUUUCAAUUGUUACAUUUUUUGGGAGGGAAGCUGAUUAGAUUGGGGGCUAUUUAACUGCAGGUUGUCUUUUUGAGGAAAAGAGAGUUAAGAAUGGCUGACUCAGAGAUAGCACAAGGAUCAGGGUACUUAAUGACAAGAAAAGGAAUGGUCAUGGCAGGUGAAAUAGUCAUUUGCUUAAUUGCUCUGAUCUGCAAAGUCGCAACUACAGGAUGUUAUAUUGGAGUUCCGAUUUGUGAGAUGGUCUUGGCAAUAUUCUAUUUGGUUUUAUUUGCGACGGGGAUGGACAAGAAUUUUGGAGGAGUUCACUGGCCUUGGUCUGAUUUCUUACGAAGUUUGACUGCAUGCCCAUUUGUCCUGAUCACAGCCAUGGUGUGCUUGAUACACUCACACGGUGCUUCUGUGUUGGCAGAGAUCCUUAUAAUUCCUGCUGGAGUCCUGUUUGGUUAUGAUGCUUGGCUAGUCUUUACCACUAUAAGGCCAAGAAAUAACUCAGAACAAAAUGGCGGACAAAUCAUUGCCUAGAACUUCUUCAACAUUUAGGCUAUUCCACAGCUUUCACUUUGUCUGACAUUGUUUCUUUUUUUGCAUAAUGAGAAUACUAUUUAGUUAAGAUGUAAAUAUAGGGCUACUUGUGAACUUGUGUGUUUGCUGUAUGUUUGGCAGGCUUUCAGUUGGUGUGGGUGAGUCUAAUGUGAUGUAUGACAUAUUUUUUAUUAAUUAAGUGUUUUUGUAUUUUCCCUUGUCUGUGUGUGUUAACUUAAAGGUUAAGUGUGCGUACUUGUGUUACACACACACACACACACACACACACACACACACA